GUCUGAUUGGUGACCAGUCUAGUAACUCCUUUAACACCACUAACAGGUCUGAUUGGUGACCAGUCUAGUAACUCCUUUAACACCUCUAACAGGUGCUAAAGGAGGAAAUAAAGUAAUAUGCCAAACAGGCUAGAAAAAAAAGAAGGGUUUAUAACAGAACCUGAAUGACGGGUUGUUACUCACUGACACUAUUGCAGUCAGUUCUGCAGUGCUAGUUUGAAUGUAAUUAGUCCCCCAAAGAGGAGAAACCAUCGCUCAUGGGUCCCUAACAAGAGAAAAGGGUUGAGCCCUUGGCUGUAGCUCAAACAUCUGGGUCUCAGACUACUGCUUGUCUAGGAUCAGGUCCCCCGUCCAUGGAAUCUCUUUCAUUAUGAUUAUAAGGAUUAAAACUGAUCCUAGAUCAUAACUCCAACUCGGCGACGCUUUAUGAAUCGAGGAGGCCGAAAGCAGUGAAGAACUGUGUGGUAUGGAACAUCAGCCCAGCCCAGGACUGGGAUUACUUUCAGUAUCAUUUCCUGUAAUCUCUGGGCUCUUCAUGGGUAGUCCUGCCCCCAGAGUAAAUAACACACACACACACACACACACACACACACACACACACACACAGACAGCAAAGCUUGCAGAUCAUCAAAUCAUCUUCUCACACGGCCUCAUACAGAUCUACAGGGACAUCGAGCAUCAGAAAAAUAGAGAUUACAUUUAUUUUAAAACACCAGGGGUACCAUGGUUCGAACAUUGAACACUAUGGCGGAGCUGAGAGCUUCUAGGUUUGGUCGUCCCUGGCCGAGGCACGGACUCAAGCUCCUUUUCUGGUUCGCCAAAGAUUACGUCGUCUUCAAAAAUGACAACCAGAUGUUUGCAAAAUACAACCCCAAAGAGGGAGGCUUUGGUUUCCAUCACUUCCAGAACAGACGUGAGUGUGAAAACGACAACUGCAAGAGGCUGCUUCCUUAUGGUGACUACCCGUUCUAUGAGGUGGGCAACCUCCACCUCCCAGCAUCUAAAUCCAUGCCUGAGUAUGUCAGGAAGUACAACCAUGGUCACAAAGAUACCAGCAACAUGGACCGCCUCAUCAUCAGCAUGCGUCCAGACAUGACAGUGGAUAAGGUCUAUGUGACCCAGCACGAGGACCUGAAGAGCUUCGACCCGGUCAACACCUAUUGCAUCAGCAGGGAGUUGCUCAUGAUCAUAUGUGGCCAUCCAUUGAGUAACUUCCUGGAACAGGCGGGCUAUUCCACCCAUGGCAUCGCCCCCAGGGAGUCUGGGGAUACCAGGAUUGAUAUGGAAGCUGGAUCCAGAGUUCCACCCAGAGCUGCACCCAGAGCUGCACCCAGAGCUUUACCCAAAGCUGCACCCAAAGCUGCACCAGGCUUCUGGGAAAGCUACUGUACCAUACUGUAACCAGGCUUCUGGGAAGCUACUGUACCAUACUGUAGAUCAGUGUCCUUUAGUCCUGGUCCUGGGGACCCCGAUGGGGGGAACUUUUUAGUUUCUUGCCCUAGCACAUGCAUUUAAUUUUGGUAUGUUCAUUUUCACUAAUACAUUUGGUCAUUUAUCAGACACUCUUAUCCAGAGUGACUUCAGUGCAUUAAAGGCAGAUAAACAGCAACAUACUGUAUCACAGUCAGAGCAAGUCAACUGUUUCUGUUACCAUUACUGAGAGGGUUGUUGCUGGUGGGGCCUGCUACUGGCUAACUUCUGUAUUUUAAAAUACAAAAUACAUGCAUUUUAAUUAAAUACACUUCAAAAUACAA